AUCCAGCAGAGCGCCCUGUUUCUGAUCGAUUUCUAUUGGACGUUUUUUGUGCGAUUUUAACCAAUCACACUCACCCAGGUCACAGCAAAUGAACAGGAAGAAAAGAUGGCGGCGAGGAACGGAAAGAAUGGUCUACUGGAAAAAUGGAGGAUUGAUGAAAAGCCAGUCAAGAUUGACAAAUGGGAUGGUGCAGCGGUGAAGAACUCUCUAGAUGAUGCAGCUAAGAAGGUUCUGAUUGAAAAAUACGGCUACGUUGAAAACUUCAACUUAGUCGAUGGACGUCUGUUCAUUUGCACGAUCUCCUGCCUUUUCGCCAUUGUAGCUUUAAUCUGGGAUUACCUGCACCCAUUCCCAGAGUCCAAGCCUGUGCUGGCCUGCUGUGUCGUUUCAUACUUCAUCAUGAUGGGGAUUUUGACCCUCUACACCUCUUACAAAGAGAAGAACAUCUUCCUUGUGGCCAUGCAGAAGGACCCAGCUGGCAUGGACCCAGAUCACAUCUGGCAGCUCUCCUCUAGCCUAAAAAGGUUUGAUGACCAGUAUACGUUUAAAAUUUGUUUCACUGAUGGGAAAACCAAGCAGUCGAGGGAGAUGGAGAUUACGAAGUCAGUCGGGGUGUUCUUUGAUGAGAACGGGACGCUGGUGAUGGACCAAUAUGAGAAAUGUGUCUCAAAACUUCAUGACACACUGGCCACGGACAAGAAGAAGAAGUAGUGUUUAGUCGAAACUGACGGCACCGGCCUUCAGCGAAGCAGCACACGCAGUAACGGUGGCUUUAGUGGGACAAAACAGAUGUUAUUCAGGCUAGUGAGUGUUAUCAGAGUUCAGCUCACAGCUGGAACAUCACAGAAGGUCAAAAGUGUUUUUUUAUUGCUUCUGUUAAAAAAAUGGUCCAGGUUUUUUUUUUUUUUUUUUUAUAAUGCAACUUCAGUUUGGUGUUUCAAUUUAAUGCUCUUAUUAAAAAUACAGACAUUUCUACAACAAGAAUAGAUUAAAAAAAACAAUGGUCUACAAUAUCAUUAGAUUUUAGUUAAAUUUAAAGGAUCACUUUAAAGAAAUAGUUCACCCAAAAAUGAAUAUUUGGUUUAUAUGUUUGUUUUUCCUCAUAAUUAAGAACACUUCCCAUAAAGUUUUUAGGUGUUUGGAGGAUAUUUAUAUUUUCAUAAAGCAGAAUAAGUCACUCCUUACUUUAGGAGUGUUUUUGGAGGUGACCUACAUUAGUUCUCCCACAUUUCAUGACGCCUUGUGAAGAUGAGUAUAUGUAUAUUUUGUCCCGCGCCUUAUUAAAUGUCUCUUCAAUCUGCACUUUUUUUUUUUUUUUUUCUGUUCAGAAUUUUAAUUGUUUAGGCUUUGAGUGACAGUGACAAGCAGAAAAAGGGACUUUGUCCAUCUGUUGUGUCCCUUGCCGCUUUAAUACUUUUGUGUUCGGCCAUUUAAGCUUAAACCAGGGAUAAUCGUUUUGUUUCUUUUUUUGAGCAUUGGAUCAGUUUUGACCUGUUUUCACACUCAGGAGUGAAUGGACCUUAAUUUCCUGGUUUUCUGUGUUCUGUCAACAAAAAAUUUCAAGUAGAUUAUCUAUAAUUUAUUUUGAAAGAACAGUACAUCUGGAUGCAGUUUGUUUCUCUGUAUUGUGAAAUAUUAGGCUUGCUGAAUUCAACAAACGAUUCCUAGCAUUUUUGUCUAAUGAUAUUCAGCUUUAGCUACCAAUAUUGUAUGUGCCUGUUAUCAAACAAGAAAAAAUUACAAAAUAAAGUGAUAAGGCAUUUUUA